CCGGCGGCGUUCACAACGCAGCGGAGCGUGAAUCUAUUUUCACGCGCACGUUCUCCAUUUCAUCGAAAUUGUCUCGAAGACCAAAAGUCCGGCUGAUCCAUCGUUUAGCCGUAUUACUAACUUCAGUUUCAGCUGUAGGUAGAAGCGGUUGCGGCUUCCGAUGGUAUGAAUGCUGCGAUUUGUUUGACAAGCUGAUAAAUACUCGUAACCUUGUGUAUGCCAAAUACACAAUCGGAUGGUGCAAGUUAUUAGCUGCGACGAUGAUUUGCGUAAUUUAUGGUGUAUAAGGGAGUGUGCACAAUUUGUGCAGCACGAUACGUAUCGCGCGGUGGAUCAUUUAAAAAGUGGAAGAUGGUGUACACCAUGCCAACGCGUCUACUGCAUAAAAACAGCAGGAUGCCUUACCAUUAUCGGAAUAUCGCAGUCAUAUGUUUAUUAUCGUUUACAAUCAGAAGCCACCAAUUCUUCAUGCACAUAUUUUGGUUGUUUCAAUGUAUACCGAUGUGGCAGCCAAGGAAAUAAACUUUUAGUGUAUGUCUAUCCGCUUAAGAUAUACUUGGACUCAAUGGGUAGACCUAUAACAAGCCAGAUGACAAAGGAGUUUUACCAAAUUUUGAAUACCAUAAUCAACAGCAAGUUUUAUACGCCCAAUCCGUAUGAGGCCUGCAUCUUUGUGCCUUCCAUUGACACUCUCAAUCAAAACAGGUUGAGAUUGCAGGAAGUAUCUCAAGCUUUAGGAUCCUUACCCUUCUGGAACAAAGGGGAAAAUCAUGUGAUCUUUAAUAUGGUGCCUGGGAGUGUGCCAGACUAUAACACAGUCAUAGAUGUGCCAAUAGGAAGAUCGAUUAUUGCAGGUGCUGGGAUGUCGUCAUUGACACAUAGACCUGGUUUUGACAUUAGUCUACCGGUCUAUAGUCCGUUAGUGAAUAAUAUAAAGACAAAUCUGAGCAAUACAAGAACAUGGCUAGUCAUAUCUUCACAAAUCAAUAUUAACACUGCCUUUGAACAAGACCUGUUGGAAGUAAAAACCACAUAUCCAAAGGAUAUUCUGGUAUUAGGUCCGUGUUUGCAAUAUAAUCCAAUGAAUAAUACAAUACGCUGCAUAGGGGAGGAUUUGUACAAAUAUCCUGAUAUCCUACAUUCGGCAACAUUUUGUUUGAUAAUCCGUGGCGCUAGACUCGCUCAAAGUGUACUUUUGGAUGCAAUGGCAGCUGGUUGCAUACCUGUUAUCAUAGCAGAUUCUCUAAUAAUGCCAUUUCACGAUGUAAUUGAUUGGACCAAGGCUGCUAUUCUUGUACGCGAAGUUGAUAUCUUAUUGAUAAUACAAUUGUUAAAGAAGAUAUCGCACCAACGUAUCGUGGAGAUGCAAGAACAGAACGCAUGGCUGUAUGACCGUUACUUCAGUUCAAUGGAGAAAAUUACAGAGACUACGUUGGAGAUACUCGCGGAUCGUGUGUUUCCACAUUUAACACGGGACUACACACAUUGGAACAUACCGUCCUAUAAGGGCAAAACCUCGCCGCUCUUUCUACCAGUAACUGCGCCUAAAACACGUGGUUUCACUGCUGUAAUAUUGACGUAUGACCGACUAGAAUUGUUGUUCCUGUUAAUCAAUAAACUUGUGAAGGUGCCGAGUUUAUCUAAAGUUUUGGUGAUUUGGAACAAUCAGCAGAAAGAUCCGCCGCAUUCGUCGCGAUGGCCAAAAGUCAAUAAACCGUUGAAGGUCAUCCAAACGAAAGAGAAUAAAUUAUCUAACCGAUUUUAUCCGUAUGAUGAAAUCGAAACCGAAGCAGUAUUGUCGAUAGAUGACGAUAUCAUUAUGUUAACUGCCGAUGAAGUGGAAUUUGCAUAUGAGGUGUGGAGAGAAUUUCCAGACAGGAUCGUUGGCUUUCCAUCUCGUAUACAUAUGUGGGAUAACGGAACCAACUGCUGGAAAUAUGAGAGUGAGUGGACAAAUAGUAUCUCCAUGGUUUUAACGGGGGCAGCUUUCCACCAUAAGUAUUGGAACUACAUGUAUACAACAGCUAUGCCCGGCGACAUUAAAGAAUGGGUUGAUGAGCACAUGAAUUGCGAGGACAUCGCAAUGAACUUUCUCGUGGCGAAUAUUACCGGGAAAGCUCCGAUAAAGGUGACACCGAAGAAAAAAUUCCGAUGUCCCGAGUGUACCAAUACCGAGAUGUUAUCCGCGGAUUUGACGCAUAUGGUAGAACGUACACAAUGUAUCAAUAAAUUUUCUUCUAUUUAUGGGACUAUGCCAUUAAAAUCGGUCGAAUUCCGUGCGGAUCCGGUACUCUUCAAAGAUGUGUUCCCCGAAAAAUUAAAGCGAUUCAACGAUAUCGGUAGUUUAUAA